GCCGCCCCAGCUGAGGCAGCAGCGGACGUGAGCGGCAAUGGCGGAUAUGGAAGAUCUCUUCGGGAGCGACGCGGACAGCGAUGCCGAGCGUAAAGAUUCUGACUCUGGAUCUGACUCGGAUUCUGAUCAGGAAAAUGUUGCUUCUGGCCAUUCCAGUAAUGCCUCUGGAAGCGAAAGUGACCAAGACGAAAGAGGUGAUUCUGAACAGCCAAGUAAUAAGGAGCUCUUUGGAGAUGACAGUGAGGAUGAGGGAGCUUCUCGUCACAGUGGCAGUGACAAUCGCUCUGAAAGAUCGGACAACAGAUCAGAAGCUUCUGAGCCUUCUGAGCAUGAAGAUAACGAUGGCUCUGAUGUUGAUCAGCACAGCGGGUCAGAGGUCCAUAACGAUGAUGAGGACGAAGGUCACAGAUCGGAUGGAGGGAGCCAUCACUCAGAGGCAGAAGGUUCCGAAAAAGCACCUUCGGAUGACGAAAAGUGGGACCGAGAAGAGAAAAGUGACCAGUCUGACGAGGAAAAGCUGCAGAACUCAGACGAUGAGGAGAAAAUGCAGAACACAGAUGAUGAGGACAGGCAGCAGCUGUCUGAAGAGGAAAAGGCCAACUCUGAUGAUGAGCGGCCGGCAGCCUCAGAUAAUGACGAUGAGAAGCAGAAUUCUGAUGACGAUGAGCGACCACAGGUGUCUGAUGAAGAGAAAAUGCAAAACUCUGAUGAUGAAAGGCCUCAGGCCUCAGACGAAGACCGGAGGCACUCAGAUGACGAAGAGGACCAGGACCACAAAUCAGAAUCUGCAAGAGGCAGUGACAGUGAAGAUGAAGUCUUACGGAUGAAACGCAAGAACACAAUUGCAUCUGAUUCAGAAGCAGAUAGUGACACUGAAGUGCCAAAAGAUAAUAGUGGAACCAUGGAUCUGUUUGGAGGUGCAGAUGACAUAUCUUCAGGGAGUGAUGGAGAAGAUAAACCACCUACUCCAGGACAACCUGUGGAUGGAAAUGGCUUGCCUCAGGAUCAGCAGGAGGAGGAGCCAAUUCCUGAGACCCGAAUAGAAGUAGAAAUACCUAAAGUAAACACUGAUUUAGGAAAUGACCUAUAUUUCGUUAAACUGCCCAACUUUCUCAGUGUAGAGCCCAGACCUUUUGACCCUCAGUAUUAUGAAGAUGAAUUUGAAGAUGAGGAAAUGCUGGAUGAAGAAGGUAGAACGAGGUUAAAAUUAAAGGUAGAAAAUACCAUCCGAUGGAGGAUACGCCGGGAUGAAGAAGGAAAUGAAAUUAAAGAGAGCAAUGCUCGGAUAGUCAAGUGGUCAGAUGGAAGCAUGUCCCUGCAUUUAGGAAAUGAAGUGUUUGAUGUGUACAAAGCCCCACUGCAGGGCGACCACAAUCAUCUUUUUAUAAGACAAGGUACUGGUCUGCAGGGACAAGCCGUCUUUAAAACGAAACUCACCUUUAGACCUCACUCUACAGACAGUGCCACACAUAGAAAGAUGACACUGUCACUUGCAGAUAGAUGUUCAAAGACUCAGAAGAUUCGAAUCUUACCAAUGGCUGGUCGUGAUCCUGAAUGCCAGCGCACAGAAAUGAUUAAGAAAGAAGAAGAGCGUCUGCGGGCCUCCAUCCGGAGGGAGUCUCAGCAGCGCCGAAUGAGAGAGAAGCAGCACCAGCGGGGGCUGAGUGCCAGUUACCUGGAGCCCGAUCGCUAUGAUGAGGAGGAGGAAGGCGAGGAGUCCAUCAGCCUGGCAGCCAUUAAAAACCGGUACAAAGGGGGCAUUCGAGAGGAACGAGCCAGAAUCUAUUCCUCAGACAGUGAUGAGGGAUCAGAAGAAGAUAAGGCUCAAAGGCUACUCAAGGCAAAGAAACUCACCAGUGAUGAGGUAAUCUAAAAAGACUUUAUGCUGAAAAUAUAAUUUAAAGUGGUCCCAGGCGGUCGUGUGCCCAAGGAACCUGGGAGAAGCCAAUAAAGACCAUCUUUGGAGGAAUCAUCAAUCCAGAUCUCAGAAAUUCUCUUUAAUAGGAGCUCAGAAAUCAGUCAUUUAACCACAGAAUGCAUACAAAUAAGGUAUUGUGACAGAGCCAGCAGGCAUAGUUGGGGUCUAUGUGAAGGUUUGUGUCCCAUAAUUCAUAUGCUGUAAUCCUGACCCCCAAGGUGAUGGUUAGGAGGUGACCAUACGGCCUUUGUCUUCUGUCCUCCCCACCCUGCGAGGCAUGAACACCAGCAUUCCUGUUUCUGUAGCCCGCACCUGCCUUGGGAGGAAGCCUGCCUCGGUGCUCUACUCUCCUUUCACUUAAUUUUUGGCCACUGAUUAUACUUUAUUUUCUUGCUACCACAUUAAUUUGCUGUAUUUUCAGUGAGAAGGUUGUUCAACGCAUUGUUCUGCCAUAUUGCAGGACAUGGGCGUUGUGUUCCUCUUACCCAAAGAUCAUUUUGGGUUUCAUGAGCUCUUUUCUCGCGUGACAGAGUUCUGUUCUUAGGUUGUUGAUUGCGCCUUGGUGUGCAUGCGACAAGGGUGAGUCUGGAUUAGAGUCAGCUGGGUUGUUGACUUUUGGUGCUACCCUUUCCUAUUUUACACCCAUGGGUGAAUCAGCUCACCUUUCUGAGUCUCUUUACUCAUGUAUCCUAUGGGGUUUGUGCUUGCUGUCUGGUAAUGGCACUCUGUGCUGGAUAGCCAGACAGAAUGUUCCCUGUUUCUGCACCACCCUCGUUGGAAAUCCCAUGAGUUGCGUCUUGAUGAUGCUUUUGCAGUAUUGAGUGUCAGCCCAGCAGCCCUCGUUUAAGCAGAUGUUGCUUAUUUCUUGGCACGCAGAAACUGUGAAUGAAAAUUGAGAGGUGCCACGGGACUCUGUUUAUUCCCACAAGUGACAUUUUUUCUUUUUUCAAAAAAUGUGAUACAUGAGAUAUUUGUCUCCUUGGCUGGGCGAUUGUAACUGUCUGACGUAAACGUGCCUUCUGUGCUCACUUCAGCAGCACAUGUGCUAAAACUGGAAUGACACAGAGAAAAUGAGCCUGGCCCCUGUGCAAGGAUGACACACAAAUUCAUGAAACGUUCCAUAUGUAAAAAAUAUAUAUUAAAAAAAAAAAGUGCCUCCUGCAAAUGGCCUCCCAUUUGCAGGACAACCCACCCAACUCCUUCCCCAUCCAAAUAUCCUCCUACGUCUUCCUGCCGUCCCCUUCCUUCCUGGACCACAGAUUUUACUUCUCCCUGGACCUCCCAACUUCCUCAUUGCCUCUUCUUCUGUCACUGCAGUUGGACAGUGGAAGAGAGAAAGGGGGCCUUCCUGCUCUCAGACCCUUUCUGUGUUUUGCACACGAAACCCACCUAAACGCCAGGAGCCUGGGUAGGUCUCUGAGGUACAGGGGAGUUUUCACAGCCCAGGUUCCCAUGCCAGAGAACCACGUUAUGGCACAAGCACACCUUGGUGUGCAUGCGGCAAGGGUGAGUCUGGAUUAGAGUGAGCUGGCGUGUUGACUUUUGGUGCUACCCUUUCCUAUUUUACACCGGUGGGUGAAUCAGCUCACUUUUCUGAGUCUCUUUACUCAUGUAUCCUGUGGGGUUUCUGCUUGCUGUCUGGUAAUGUUAUUAAAUUAUAGUGAGUAACAGAGACAAACCUGGGAAACAUGGUGACAGGUCCCUAGGCAGGAAGUGUUACCGUCCCUUCUUCAGCAAGAUCUAAGUUAUCAGAAAAGAGAGCUUUUUAUUCUCCCUCACUUUAGAAAACCUAAGCUAAUGGUCUUCUGUUUCCAGGGUACUGGGGAAAUGGAAAGGCCCAGGUUGAAAGGAUGGAGACAGUGGAAAGGCAUGAAGACCAUGCCUCUUCUUAACAAAGAGCUUAGCUGCUGAGAAGGCUGGGUAGGAGUUAGUUUCAUGCCUGCUUCCCGUCUCUCCUCCCUCAGCUCUUCCUCUGGGCAGCUGCAUCAUCCACCUUGUACUCUGUUCAUUAGCAAGCUUUGUUUUAGUCUUCAGUGUUUUUGUCAUCAUUUCAUU